AUGGAGGUGGAUAAUUCGAUGGAAAUGACUAAUCAGCAAGGAAAUCCCGGCAGCAGAAAAGGAAUCAACAGAUGCGACUCCUCUUUGUUUCGCAUUUUGAAUAUAGUGUUCAUAGGAUUGCUUUUCCUGGUGGUGGAGACUACCCAUUUUACGACGGACGGAAAGACCCAUGAAGAGGCAGAUGAAUGGACAGAGGGAAAGGCAAGGCGAUUAGCUUGCCAGGAUUCUUUUAAAGAACCCCCGGAAGAAAGGAGACCCGACAGGGUAGGAGAAAAUGAAAAUCUCUUCGACUCUUCAGUAAUGGGACGUAACAAUCUGAACGAUAAUUCAAGUCAGGCCAUGUAUGGAUUGCCUCAGCGGCUGUGUAUGUAUAACGACUGCUUUAUUAAAAACAGGAAGAAAAAAGGAAGAAGUGCCGACUUUACCAACGAAGGUGGUAGUAGUGUCGACAUUCCGUGCAUCUGUUGGGAGGAUAGCACCACGACAGCAUCGUCAGAACUAACUUCACAAGAGGCGCAUGACCAAGUUGAAUCGAGACGAAGUCGAUUCAUCCAGAAGGGAUACUUUGAAUAUAUAAAUCAUACACAAGAGUUAUCGGAAACAGAAUUCAUAGAAAAAAUUUCCACCCUAGGUGAAUAUGUAGAUUCUGAAGAAAUGAGUUCCAUUUUUUAUUAUGUGCAUACGAAUGAAAGGAAAAAAUAUUUCGCUAUGCAGGAAAAUGUGAUUACCCAUUGGGAGAAUCUAUCUCACAAUUACAACGUAAAGGAGGAGUUUAAAAAAGAGCAAAUGAGAAGUUUGUAUGAGGAGACGACGAACUUCUUUCUCUUUAAAGAGAGGCAAUUCCUCAAAAGCUUUAGUACGUUUGUUCGUUUUGGAAAAUAUAAAACGAAGAAGUUUACUGAUGUGCUUAUUAGUUACAGGCGACUGUGUAAGGAAUACAGGAGGAUGGUGAGCAAUUUUUGUAGUGCCAAAAUGGACGCGCUGUUGAAGACAUACUGGGAAGAGAACAGAGACGAGGCCUUGCAGAUGCGCAUUCAGUACUGA